UCAAUAACGGAGCGUGUGUCUUGCUGGGACACAGUGAAGGUCUAACCUGUGGUUUGCGGAGCGGUCGGGUGUAUUCUCCGUUCGCCCCCACGCCCUCGAGGCCCCCGCCUCGACCUACUGGCGGAGCCCGCCAGUGGUUCCUGCGGCGCCCUCCCGCACCGGAUCGCUCCUCGCUGGGGCGGGACCUGUCCCGACGGCUCCGGUCGCUAUGAGUGAAACAUCUUUCGACCUAAUAUCAGAAAAAUGUGACAUUCUGUCAAUUCUUCGGGAUCAUCCUGAAAACAGGAUUUACCAGAGGAAAAUCCAGGAACUCAGCAAGAGGUUCACUGAGAUCCGCAAGACCAAGGGGGACGGCAACUGCUUCUACCGGGCCUUGGGCUAUUCCUACCUGGAGUCUCUGCUGGGGAAGAGCAGGGACAUCCUCAGGUUCAAAGAGCGCGUCCUGCAGACCCCAAAUGACCUUCUGGCUGCCGGUUUUGAAGAGCACAAGUUCCGAAACUUCUUUAAUGCUUUUUACAGCGUGGUGGAACUCGUAGAGAAGGACGGCUCGGUGUCCAGCCUGCUGAAGGUGUUCAAUGACCAGGGCACCUCAGACCGAAUCGUGCAGUUUUUGCGCCUGCUCACCUCGGCCUUCAUCAAGAACCGUGCAGACUUCUUCCGACACUUCAUCGAUGAGGAGAUGGACAUCGAGGACUUCUGCACUCACGAAGUGGAGCCCAUGGCCAUGGAGUGUGACCACAUCCAGAUCACAGCCCUGUCUCAGGCACUGAACAUCGCCCUACAGGUGGAGUAUGUGGACGAGAUGGACACGGCCCUGAACCACCACGUGUUCCCCGAGGCUGCCACCCCUUCCGUUUACCUGCUCUAUAAAACAUCCCACUACAACAUCCUUUAUGCAGCCGAUAAAUGUGAAUUACUUUUAGGACACGCAGUGGAGCCUGCCACCUAACGGGACUACAUUCCAAAUGGAACAUUCUGACUUUUCACUUUUUUAAAGCAACUUAGACUACAGUUAGAAAACGUACAGCCUUUUGGGCCAAGUGGCCGGCAAUGUGGCCCACCCGUCACGGACUGUGGUAACUUGGUGAUAUUCUUAGUAUUUAUUUUCAUGGAGGAUCAAAUGCUUUCUAACUCAGGGCUACAAAGCCAGAAUCCCUGGCUCUGCUCUCAGGUCCCUGAGACCCUGGGGAGGUCACCUCCCCUCUCUGGGCCUGUUUCUUCAUCUGGACAAGGAUGCUGCCAGUGCUGACAUUCUGCAUUCUUCUGAAAAGAGGGCCCUCUGGUGUCCUUGUCACCAGGGGUGGUACCUCUCUGUUGGGAGGAAAAGCUCAAGCUCGGCCGUCCUCGGUGACUUAACAGUUCCACAAAGAAGAAUCCAGUCCAGUCAGCUGUUGGACUGGACUGUGGUGGAUGGCCGACUGAAGCACUGGCCAGUUGAGGCCAACCUGGACGUAAGGACUUCAGCAUGGUUCCAGACAUUCACAAUGGGCCUGUUCCCUCCCCCUAACUUGAGGGGAAAAAAAGACUUUAUGCCAAAGUCUAGAAAGGGGCCUUCAGCAUGAAGCUCAAGUUGUUGUGGCCCCUCUACCUCUCUCAGGUCCAGGACUGCCUGCCCCUGGGCAGGCCCUUCAGGAUUCUGCAGCCAGCCCCACCUUAGCACAGGCUCAAGGAACACUGGGGUCUUGGACCCGGAAGUGGUCUCACCAUCCCCAUCACAGCCUGGAAGUAGAACCCAGAUAAUCCUCCAGGUGGAGACCCCACACGCAGCCACAGACUCCAGCUGGGCAGGGCAGACGAGUUUUGCAAGGCUGUCUGUGGCUUUUCUCUUUUCCCCUUCUUGGUUUGUGGGCUGGCGGGAAAUCAGGUGGGAAAGAACGGAGACAAGACGAGGAAAUGGGGAGUGGGGGAGAUUUCUGUUGUGGAAACUGCCUGGAAGCCUAGAGCCCUGGCUGGCAGUUGCCUCCUUCAUCCGCCUGGACCUGCCCCUUAACACCUCGUCACCUUGCUGCCCCAGGACCUCAAAGAGCCCUGGUUGAUUUGGGGUACAGGUGGCGAGCUCUUACAGGAGGUACUUCCAUGACCCAAGGACUUUGCUCACAGGUUCCAUUCUGCAAGGAUUCAGGAGAAUCCACUGGUGCUACAGUGCAUGUCUGUUGCCAGCCAGACCGUGCACAGAACUAGGCAGCAGACUGCUCCGAGGUGGGGCACACAGACUUCUGCCUUUGUGAAGACAGAUGUGAGGGUGCUUUAAUUCCAGGCAGGGACCCUGGUUCCCCUGUAGCCCUUAGCUCGCGUUUAAACCCAAGGGCUCACGCUCAGUGAUUAUGUCACCUUUCCACAGGAAUGUAAAGCUGACCUUGAUCUCUGAAUUGGUUAUGUGCCACCCUGCCAGGGUCUAUGACCAAUACACUGGAAGAAGGGGGAUGGGAAGGAGGACAUUACAGGACUUGUGACUAUCAGGAUCACCAUAUUCAAACUGAAGGGUAUGAAUACAGUACCGAGCUGAACGGCCCUGCUCCGAGGGGCUGCGAGAUGGCCCGGGCCUCCAGCUGGGCUCUCGGGCACAGCAUUAGUUGCACUGGCUGCCACUUCUCAGGAUGUGUGGUGUCUUCACAAGAGCAGCUUUCUCUUUGGCAGACCGGCUGGAGAAAUUCCCUCUCAGACUUCCUAUUCUGUGCUUCCAGGUCUGAGAGUCCACCAGUGCUCCUAUGGGACCCUCUUCCCAGGAGAGAUCCUACUAGUUUAGAAUCAGAACGUUAGAGAAAGGCAAAUGAUGCUCAUGCUCUUACUCUGUGCUCUCCCCUUUUUUCCAAAAACCACUGGCCCAAGCCAAGCCAUGGCUUUCUUCCUUCAUGUCUGCACUCAGAUCUUCUAUGAAGGCAAAGCACCAGUGGAGAAAGGAAGUUGCAGAAUUCAGUAACUUGUUAAAAUCCAGUCAUUCAUGGAAAUCACUUGGCCUGUCUGCAGCAGCCAGUCAUGCUGGCAUGACUUUUCUGGAUAAUUCUCCACCCCACCUCACAAAGCCAUCUCUUUCCAAACUAAAAUCAGGGAAGGAAGUUGCUUUGAGAGUCUGUCCUUGCAACUGCACAUUUAUUACUUUCUUUCCAAAGGGAACUUUAUAAAUGGGAAUGUUUAACAACAAAAAGAACAAACUGUCCUUGCUUUUAACUAGGUUCCUAUUUUAAGCACAAAGGGGCUCUGUACCCAGACUGCCUGGGUUCAAAUCCCACCUUUUCACUUACGAGCUAUUUGACCUCAGCCAAGUACUUCACCUCUCUGAGCUCCAGUUCUCACACUGGUGAAACAAACAAUACCUACACAUCACAGGAUCACUGGUUAAAGUGGAACAAGACUGUGAGGAGAGCUUUGAGACCUGACACAGUGCUCUACAAGUAGGGGAGCGGCAGAACUCUUGCUGCAACGUGGAGAAAUGCCACCUUAGGAUGGAAACUGGCUUCCCAAAAGGGAAAGUGUCCGGAAACAGUAGACAAGGCUAAGAAACAUUCUCACCCCGAGCAAAGUGGGGGCAGGAGCUGUGACUGAGUAGCUGCCCUGGGUGGGGGAGCCCAGGUCCUGUGGGGUAUGGGCCAGGCCCGACAGCUUCUCCAGCACUUGGUGGAAACGUUUUCUUAGCAUUAAAAUGGUUUCCGUGA